AUGCAGGAGGGGCCCUGGGAUGCUAUGGAAUGUGGCCGGCUGCCGGCAGAUGCCCUCCGACAGGUGAAGAUCCACCGCGACCCGCUCUACGGAUUUGGCUUUGUGGCUGGCAGCGAGAGGCCAGUUGUGGUUCGCUCCGUGACCCCAGGUGGACCUUCUGAGGAUAAGCUCUUGGCAGGUGACCAGAUUUUGGCAAUCAACAAUGAAGACGUGAGCGAUGCCCCCAGAGCGCGGUUCAUAGAGCUGGUGAGAGGCGCCAAGGAGGCCAUCGUCCUGACUGUGCUGCAGACCCACCAGUCCCCGAAGUCAGCCUUCAUCAGCGCGGCCAAAAAGGCAAAGCUGCGUUCGAACCCCGUGAAGGUGCGCUUUUCAGAACAGGUCACCAUUGGCGAGAGCGAUCCAGACAUGCUGAAGAAGGAGGCGCUGCUGCUCAUCCCGAACGUGCUGAAGGUCUUCCUCGAGAAUGGGCAGAUCAAGUCCUUCACCUUCGACGGCCGGACCACCGUGAAGGACGUGAUGAUGACGCUGCAGGACCGGCUCUCCCUCAGACACAUUGAGCACUUUUCCCUGGUCUUGGAAUACUCCAGCCCGGAGCAGAGCCAUAAAUUCCUUCUCCUCCAGGACAAGCAGCCCCUGGCCCAUGUCGUCCAAAGGACCCACUACCAGGGUAUGCGCUGCCUGUUCCGCGUCAGCUUCUUCCCCAAAGACCCCGUGGAGCUCUUGCGGCGCGAUCCUGCAGCCUUCGAGUACCUGUAUAUCCAGAGCCGCAACGACGUGAUCCGGGAGCGCUCCGGGAUGGAGCCCAAACCAGAGAUGCUGCUGGGCCUGACCGCCCUCCACAUCUACAUCACCGUUUCUGCCACGCGGCCCAGCCAGAAGGUCUCCCUCAAGAACGUGGAGAAGGAGUGGGGGCUGGAGCCCUUCCUGCCCCCGUCGCUGCUCCAGGGCAUCAAGGACAAGAGCCUGCGCAACGCUCUCUCCCGGCAGCUGAAGGCCCACCAGAGCCAGUCCCCAUGUGGCACCAAGGUCUCCACCACCCAGGCGAAGCUGCAGUACCUGCGCAUUCUGAACGAGCUGCCCACCUUCGCAGGCGUCCUCUUCAACACAGUGGGGCUGGAUGAGAAGCAGCCCGCGACCAUGCUUCUGGUGGGCCCCCGCCACGGCAUCAGCCACGUCAUUGACCUGAAGACCAACCUCACCACGGUGCUGUCGGAGUUCAGCAAGAUCAGCAAGAUCCAGCUGUUCAGGGAGAACCAGGGCGUGGCCCGGGUGGAGACGAGCGUCCUGGAGGCCAAGCCGCUGGUGCUGCUGAUGGAGUGGCCGGAAGCCACCAACUUUGCUUGCCUCACGGCCGGAUACUGCCAACUGCUGGUGGACUCCAAACGGAUGGUCUUUUCCCGGCCCACCAGCCAGCUGCCCCCGCCUCCGCCUGCAGUGACCAAGGCAGAUUAUGCCUGCGUGCGCACUAACCCCCGGCCAGCCUCCGCUGCCGCCCCGGCGGGGCUCCUGGGGAAGAAGGAGAGCGGGUUCCUGGGUGGUGCUGCCUCCAGCCCCGGAACGUGCAGCCCCCGAGGUCCCGUGGCCUCGGACUCGGAGCUCAUCAGCGUUUGCUCCCUGCACAUGCGGGAGCAGAGGAAGGAGCGCAAGAGCCGGACGGACGCCAACGAAAACCUGAUCUUCUUUGAGGAGUCGCGGCCCCGGACCAAGUCAGAUCCCACGCCCAAGAGCUCUGGGCAGGACUGCAGCGGGGUCACCCACGGCGACAACCUGGAGGGUCCGGAGCGGGAGCGCGGGGCUGGCCGGGCCAGGGCACACACCCUGGGCGGGCACGGGCACAGCCGCUCCGGGCAGCUCUACUGCGAUUCCUGUAAGGCCAGAGUGAAGGGCGGGCAGCCCCCCUCCCGCAGGGCUUGCAAUCCCGGCGCGGCGCACGACAACAUGGUGGACCUGACAUCCCUCCCCCCGCCGGGGAGCGAUGAGGAAGGGGAUGAGACCACCUCUCUGCUCCCUGCCAUUGCCGCACCCCCUCCGGGCUUCCGGGACAACAGCUCCGACGAGGACGAUUCCAAGCGCCGGGCGGCGGCGGCAGCGGCGGCAGCGGCACAGUGCCAGGAGCAGGGGCGCCAUCUCUGCGGCAUCCUCUGCGAUGAGAUCCCCGUGACACUCAUUGACAGCGUCCAGACGAGGACCGUCCGAGACCGUGCCCAGGACCUGGACGACGCCCUGGUCUCGACCCUGCAGGCCCUGGAGGCGCUGGCUGCCUCCGAAGACGGCCCACACCCUCCACCUCCGCAGACGACAGGGCUGAUCGUCGUGGCUGCCAUCACCCCUGAGUCAUCGCUGGACUCCGGCCACGAAACCAACUCCUCGGAAAUCACCGACGUCUCAGAGAUGGUCUCGGCCAUGAAGCACCAGCAGCAGAAUGCGACCCUGUUCCUAGCGCAGCACAUCAGCAAAGAAGGCCUCCUGGCCCGCAAGGACCUGCCGUUCCGCAUCCAGAGCUGCUCUGCACAGGGCAUCCUCGCUCCGCCGUACGCCCUUCGGCCGCAGGAGACGCACCCCUCGCCCAGGCCAGCCCUGCCCAAGCAGAACUCCACCCCAGCCUGUGCCAGGAGCCCGCAGGGCGCCCCGCAGAUGGCCAGGAGCUACUCCUUGGCUGUCCAGCCGCUGCUGGCCCCGCCGCUGGGGGAGCCGAAGAGUAGAGGCACGCCAGCUCAGGCCCCUGAGCCCUGGGGCCCCAGCCCGCCCACGGCAGCCUUCGAGGCGCCCUCGCGCGCCGCUGAGCAGGGGGAGGGGUGCGUGGACAAGGGCCCAGCCAGGGCCCAGCCAGGCCUGGGCACCCAGGGCGGGCCCGCUCCGGCUGCUGUUAGCACAGCUCUGCAGCCGGUGGCUGGCCACAAGGCCCCUUCCUCCGCAGCGGACCCCCUGGCAGCCAGCCUUGCUCCUGCCGGACGCCCUGGCUGCUGGCCACAAGGCAGCGGCAAGCCCUGUGGCCACCAGGGGAUGCCCACAGUUAGCCAGCCCCACCUGGACGUCCCCCGGUGCCCCCAGAAGCAGCAAGCAGAGGCCUCUCCUCGUCCCAGGGCGUCCCAAGGCGCCCCAGUGGACGGUCGCUCCCCCUCCGCUGCGGGCGAGGACAGGCUGGCCCCGAGGAGCAGCCAGCCCAAAGGCCACCAGGAGCCGGAGCUGCCGCCGGACCGAGAGGCACCCCGACAGCAGGGCAGGGGUGAGGCAGCCAGCCCGGGUGGCCAGAAGCAGCCUGCUCUCGGCAAGGGACAGAAGGGGCUGGGCGAGGUGUGCGCCAGGGGCCUGCAGGAGGAAGCAGGCAGCCUCCGGUCCCCUGCGGCUGGGAGUGGCCGUGCCUUCCGCAGCCCACGGGGCGGGGGGCCAGCCGCGAGCACCACGGUGCCUGCCAAGAGAGCCGAGAAGGGCCCAGAGCCCGCGCCGCAGCCCCUGGACGUGCCUGCAAAGCCCAAGGUGCCCAAGGCCUCCCUCCGCCUGAGAAAGCUCUUUUCCGCCACGUUCCCCACCCGGCUCAGGAAGGAGACGGAUGAGCGGCAGCUCCAGCUGCAGAAGGUGAAGCAGUACGAGCUGGAGUUCCUGGAGGAGCUGCUGCGCCCGAAGGCCGCAGGGGACAGCCUGCUCCCGGAUCACCUGCUCCCGCCGGCCCCCGGGCACUGCGCCUGCCAGCUGAAGAGCAGCCCGGUGCAGACGGUGCCCGGCAUGUCACGGCAGCAGAGGCGCAGUUGUGACUGCAAGCGCCUUGGCCGGGGGGCCCGGCCCCAGCCCAGCCCACUCGCAGCCCCCGAACUGGAGAGGCGUGGCAGGGAGAGCGCCCAGCGGCAGCCAGCAGGGGCGCCCCAGGGAAGCGGCUCUGGGAGCCCCUCACAGGGCAGCCGGUUCCGGUCCACGAGCCUCGAGUCCAGAGACUGCCGUUCCGAGCCCGAGAGCGGCUCGUCGUGCCUGACCACGUGUGCCUCGCACGGGGAGUGCCUGGGCGCGCCCCACUACAAGAAGCUGACGCGCAGGUAUAGCGUCGGCGAAAUAGACACGCUCGAGCACACUCCUCCGGCCUCCGAGACCGACCGGCGGGUGCACCUGUCCAGGCAGAAGCCCUGGCAGCGGGAGUGGGACACCAUGCCCCCGGCCCCGGAGCCCCCGGCCCUGGCCGCGGGGGCAGAGCUCCCCUCCUACAUGCAGGUUGCGGCGCAGGAGAAAUGCGCCAAGGAGCACCCCACCUUCCCCUUCCAGGAGGACACGUACCCAAGCCCGGCCCGACUGCCGGAGGAGGAGCCCGAGGACAGCGAGAAGUGCUGCUCCAUCCGCUACUGCUUCUACUACCGGAAGUGCGACGUGGCCGACGACGGGAGCGAGAAGGACGAGCUCUCCUACUCCAUCCCCAUGCAGCUCCUCCCGGGCAUGAAGCUCGACAGCCAGGCUGUCCCGGUGGUGAGCCGGACCCUGCAAGUCCUGGACGCCACCGCCUGCAGCAGCCCGGACGACAACCAGACCCAGGAGAUCGACCUGCGGUCCUCCAGUUUUGAGGGCAGCCUGGCCAAGAUCCACGCUCUGCGCGGCCGUUCCUACGCCUUGCCUGACGGGUUCCUGGCCGUGCGGCUGGACACUGGCGAGCUCCUGGCCAUCCUGCGGCAGUGCGUGGCGAGCCCCGAGGCGUGGGAGGGCCGGCCCUCCCUGCCGCGGCUGGUCGAGUGCAAGCAGGAGCUGGCCCUCAAGUUCAAGGAGUUCCGGGCCUCCUGCCGGAGGGUCGCCGCCGUGGACAAGAGCCCAGCCCACAUGCUCUCGGCCAUCGCCGCCAGCUUCCAGGUGCUGGGCGGCUUGAUCGAGACAUUCGUGCGGCUGAUGUUCGUGGUGCGCUCCGAGGCCCAGCGGCAGGCGCUGCUGGGCAAAGUGGAGGAGGUCGUGAGGAACUACACGUUCUUGCUGAGGGCGGCCGAGGAGUCCACGGCCAGAACAGCCAGCCACCGGGGGGGGGACCCAGUGGCCGAGCAGCUCAGCCGGCAGUCGGUGGCCUCCGUCAUGAGCUCGCUCACGCGCUCCUUCAAGACACUCAUCAGCAAGUGA